AUGACAACAAUACCCCUACACCAUCUAUUUUACAACAAAGCAAACCACACACCACUCCGGCGCCGGCCGGCCGGCGAAACACCACCCCCAUCAGAAUCCACCCGGUUCGAAACUACCCGAACCGGCGAAGCUUCGCGGCCCGGACAACCGGAUUUUCCCUGGCGAUCGCCUCCCUGCCGGCCGCCUUAUAGUCGUAGCCGCAGUCGUGCCGAUCCGAGUACCUGUGCUCCGAACAGAACACGUCGCCGCACCUGCACCGAAAACCCAUCAGCCCGACCCUCUUCCUGCAGCCCGAACCGGAGCAACGGUUCGCCUCCCUCGGUCUCUUCAGAUUCACCAUCUGGCGAGCCGGCGGAGCUGGAUCCUGGAUUGGAAGCCGGUGGCUUCGGAUCCGACGCCUCCGGCGGAGAUCGGGCGGCGGGAGGCUGGGUGGCGUGGAUCGGCGGCGGCGGGGCGCAGAUGGAUAUGUUUUCGGGGACUUUGAGCUCGGUUUCUUCCUUCUCCAUGUUCUGGGCGGCCAUGGCUUCAGCCGCCUUUGAUCCGCCGCCUCCAGCUGUUUCCGCCACCGCCUCCUCACCGUGUAAGAAAAUUAGUGAUGCAAGUGAAGGAUUACAGAGGUACCUAGAUUUGGUGAACAGCUUGGUAUUUCCAUAUGAUGUGAACAUGUGA